GGAGCCGCAGCCGCAGCCGCACCCGCAGCGCCCCCGCCGCCUAUCCCCUCCCCUGCCGCCUCCGCCGGAGCCGCCUCGCGCACUCUGGGGUAUGGCCGUCAAUGUGUACUCCACAUCUGUGACCAGUGAAAAUCUGAGUCGCCAUGAUAUGCUUGCGUGGGUCAAUGACUCCCUGCACCUCAACUAUACCAAGAUAGAACAGCUCUGUUCAGGGGCAGCCUACUGCCAGUUCAUGGACAUGCUCUUCCCUGGCUGUGUGCACUUGAGGAAGGUGAAGUUCCAGGCCAAACUAGAGCACGAAUACAUCCACAACUUCAAGGUGCUGCAAGCAGCUUUCAAGAAGAUGGGUGUUGACAAAAUCAUUCCUGUAGAGAAAUUAGUGAAAGGAAAAUUCCAAGAUAAUUUUGAGUUUAUUCAGUGGUUUAAGAAAUUCUUUGACGCAAACUAUGAUGGAAAGGAUUACAACCCUCUGCUGGCGCGGCAGGGCCAGGACGUAGCGCCACCUCCUAACCCAGGUGAUCAGAUCUUCAACAAAUCCAAGAAACUCAUUGGCACAGCAGUUCCACAGAGGACAUCCCCCACAGGCCCGAAAAACAUGCAGACCUCUGGCCGACUGAGCAAUGUGGCCCCACCCUGCAUCCUCCGGAAGAAUCCCCCAUCAGCCCGAAAUGGGGGCCAUGAAACUGAUGCCCAAAUUCUUGAACUCAACCAACAGCUAUUGGACUUGAAGCUCACUGUGGAUGGGCUGGAAAAGGAGCGUGAUUUCUACUUCAGCAAACUUCGUGACAUCGAGCUCAUCUGCCAGGAGCAUGAAAGUGAAAACAGCCCUGUCAUCUCAGGCAUCAUUGGCAUUCUCUAUGCCACUGAGGAAGGAUUUGCACCCCCUGAGGACGAUGAGAUUGAAGAACACCAACAAGAAGACCAGGACGAGUACUAAGGGUGGCUCCGGCCCUGGCUGACUGCACGGCCUCCCGUGCCUCCCCUCCCUGCUCCCACCCCCACAUUAUAAUCCUUUCCUUACAGCCAGGUCGGCCGGUGCUCUGUGUCAGUGCCGCAGCAUUCGGGAGCGGGGUGGGCGGGGCUUGGGGGGGGUGGGGCAGGUGAGCAGGCAGAGGCCCGUCCUUGUCCUUGAGUGGCACUGGCCCAGCGGGCAAGACCCCUGCCCACUCCCCAUCCCUAUUUAUUUCCAUUGUCCCUGUGCUGUGUCGGCCAACACUUCCUAGGGUGCUGCCGACACCCACCCAAGCCGGCCACCUGCUCCCUGACAGCCAGCAGCUGUAUAUUUGACAAAGUCAUUGGUAUAUUUUUACUUACUGGAUUUUCCUUGCACUUUACCUGUUCUUUUCCAGGGCCAACAGCACGGGCUCGGGGCAGUGUGCCUGGCUUGGCUUCCCUUCCCCAUGGCUGGGGGCUGGGGCAGGACUCACCAAUUCUUAUUUAUUUUAUCUUUUGAUUUCCCAGUAGUCGAGGGAAGGCUGAUGUCAGGAGAGGGAGAGGGGGCCUGAGGAGGUGGUGCUGUAGGCCCUGGGGUCAGGGAGAAGGGAGGGGAGCAUGUGAGGGACAGAAAUGACCUCCUGGCACCAGGCUCCCCUGCCCAGGCCCCUGUCCCCAGCGCUGAAGCCCAGCACUGCCCCAAGGCCCCCAGCCGCUCCUUCCCGCAGCCUGGUUCACACCACACAGACUCUGCCUGGACCUACUGUACGUCUGCCUCCCACCCCCUCCCCAUCCCUGCGCCUCGGGCACCAGCCUGCAUACGUGUUCACUUUUAUUUAAAUAAACUUGUGUGGUAAAAGUC